GAAAGUGAAGGUAAAGUGGUGAGUGAGCAGUACACAGCAUUGAGAAAUGGUCAGCAUUUCCAUUUGGUGCCCUAUUUUCACCCAGCUCGUCUUUCUCCCUCUCCCUCCCUCCUCACCACAAUGAUCACCAUUCACAAACCCACCUCACUCUAGAUCUUCUCCUCUUUCGCUUCAUUCUCAUUUCACAUUCACAUUCACAGUGUUGCUCUCACUCCGCAAAAAUCGUCAUCGUUUUCAACCCCCUACAUUGCUUUCUCUUCUCCCGAGAAAUCCUUGGAAUUGAAGCAUUUUACAUCUGAGAGCCUGAAGUUAAAGAAGCUGUUGGCUGAUUUUAAAUGGCGCCUCCCAAUCCAAAAGUUGUAGCGGCCUACCGUGCAAUGGCACCUCUUGGGAUCACUGAAUCACAAGUGAAACCAGCAUUAAAGAAACUCCUCAAACUGUAUGAUAAAAAAUGGGAACUUAUUGAGGAAGAUAACUAUAGAGCUCUACUCGAUGCUAUAUUUGAUGAUGACGGACCUAAGGAGCCAGAACAGGUGCCAGAACAGAAAAAGAGAAGCAAGAAAGUUAAUGAAGAAGAGAUGGAGUAUGAAGAAGCGCAGAUGCAUGUUGAAUCAGCCCGACCUUUGAAAAAGCUACGUUUAAGAGGCCAAGAGAGUCAGCCUUUGCAUCCUCUGUCAAACAGUUCUCCUAGCUCAGCUGGCCCUUCAGUAAGGAACGAUGCACGACCGGUUUCAUCACAAGAUGGUAUUGUUGACAAGGGAAAGCAAUCUGUAUCUCCCCAAGUUUCUCUCAGAGGGAGAAGACAUAUAUCUGAAAGGGCAUCACAAACAGUUGACCAAGGAAAGUUUCUGUUGUCGGACAACCAAAUGCCUCAUACUCAUGCAAUGAUCAUACCCAAGGAUGAACCUAUUGAUGAAUUGCCUGAUUAUGAGCUUCCCAUUUCUGUGAUUCCUCCUCAACCUGAUCCAUCAAGUUUAAGGGGCUCAUCAGUGAAGAAUGGUGUAACUGGAAUGAAAGAUGGCCAUGUUAACGCGGCAUCAUCACACCGCAGUGAUGGAGAUAUUCUUCAUUCGUCGAAUGAAGAAGCAACAUCUAAUGUAGAGAUAGCAUCUUCAACUCUGGGAGAAGUGAAACUUUCUCUGAGCUGCAGCUCAGCUCUCUGGGGACCAGAUUUUCAUAUGCCUAGUCGAGAUCAUCUUCUAGAAAUGCUGGAGGAUAAGUGUCUGCGAUCAUAUAAAAUCACUGACCCAAAGUUUUCUGUUCAGAACCUGUUGAAAGAUAUAUGUGACUGCAUGCUGGAACUCAGAUCUAAUUCAAAUGAUGACUCACAAGAAUGUUCUUUAACAAGGGUUGAUACAUUAAAGGAAUCUGAGGCACAUGGCACUAGUGUUGGGGAAAAUAAAAAUCUGGACGUGUUUACUCAUUCAUCAAAUGGAUCAAUCAAUAUUAAGUCAUCUGCAAAUAUUGUUUCACCCCGAAGUCCCUUUUCUUUAGCUGACCUGAAUGGUCUGGAUGAUACCAUAGCAGUUACGAAUAUUUUUUCACAAAAUGAUGUCAGAAAGGAGUUGGAGGAUCCAAAUUCACGUAGUUUAGUGGUUGUUCCUCAGCAUCAGCUUACAGAAGAUAAUAUUAGGUCAUUUCAUGAUGUUAAUGAUCUUACCAAAGGAGAAGAAAAUGUUCAAAUUUCAUGGGUGAAUGAAGCUACUAAUGAUUUCCUACCGUGUUUUAACUACAUGCCCCAAAACCUUGUUUUCAAAGAUGCUUGUGUUAACAUUUCUCUAUCUUGUAUCGGGGGUGAGGAUUGUUGUUCAACAUGUCACGGCAAUUGUGUCUUGUCGUCUACACCCUGUGCCUGUGCGAAUAAAACUGGGGGUGAAUUUGCAUACACAGCUCAAGGCCUACUGAAGGAAGAGUUUUUGGAAGAGUGCAUUGCCAUCGGUCGCAACCCUCGUCAACAUGACUUCUAUUGCAAGGAUUGCCCACUUGAAAGAUACAAGACUGAGGGCUGUUUAGAACCAUGUAAAGGACACUUAAAGAGGAAGUUUAUUAAAGAAUGCUGGAGCAAAUGUGGCUGUGGUAAACUAUGUGGAAAUCGGGUUACCCAACGAGGAAUUACUAGCAAUUUGCAGGUAUUUUUCACUUCAGAAGGAAAAGGAUGGGGUCUUCGCACCUUAGAGGACCUGCCAAAAGGUGCAUUUGUGUGUGAGUUUGUUGGAGAGAUUUUAACCAUUAAAGAGUUGCAUGAGAGGAGCAUGAAAUGCACUGAAAACGGGAAACACACUUACCCCAUUUUGCUAGAUGCGGAUUGGGAUUCUGUAUUUGUAAAAGAUGAAAAAGCUCUAUGCUUGGAUGCAACAUCCUUUGGUAACACUGCUAGGUUUAUCAAUCACAGAUGCUAUGAUGCAAACUUGGUUGAGAUCCCAGUCGAAGUUGAGACCCCAGAUCAUCACUACUAUCAUUUAGCCUUUUUCACUUCCCGAAAAAUAGCUGCACAGGAAGAGCUCACUUGGGAUUAUGGCAUUGACUUCCAUGACCAUGAUCAACCUAUAAAGCUGUUCGAGUGCAGAUGUGGCAGUAAAUUCUGCAGGAAUAUGAAGCGGUCAAAUAGGUCCAUCAGAUCUGCUUCGAUUGCAAGCUGAUAGCCAUUCUCUGUGAAACCAAGUUUUUUGUCUCACCCAUGCUUACUGCAUUGGUGCCUUUGUCCUCUAUCUGGGAUCUUUGUUUAGUCUGUAGUUGAGGACUAUGUAUAGUACAGCUUUCUGAAAACUACUAGGCACUCUUGUGUGGCCAAGAAAGAAAAGACUUAACGUUUUGGUCCCUUCAGAUGCAUGUCUCGUCAGUUUGGACAUCCCUUAAAAAUAUAUCGAAAUCGUCAUUCAAUGUUAAAUGUUAAUUUGAUAUUGAAGGAUAAUUUUGAUAUAUUUAUCAUAUUUUGUUCAGAUUAAUGACAUUUUGUUAGGUGAGACAAAAGUAGAUGUUUACAUAGAAAGAUCAUUUUGUAGUAGUGAAGUUGAAUAUGUAUGUAUCUAACUGCGGCAUUUGUAGGGCUUUUAACCUUUGAAUAUCAACUUGCAGGUGUUUGGAAUUUUAUUUUGUGAAAAAUUAAAAAUAUUAAAAAUGUA